AUGGAUACAAUAACACAGAGCCUUGGUUUUUGGUACCAUGGAACAAACGCUUUGGUCUUUCUCGGUAUUGCCGUGGCUGUGGUGGGUGCGGUCAUCUCUACUGCGAGACAAUGGUUUCGUCUUAGCCAUGUUCCUGGUCCAUUCAUCGCUUCGAUAACUAGCCUAUGGGCAUACCGCUCUAUAAGCCGUCUGCGCUUCCACCAGACUGCGGAAGAUCUCCAGAAAAGAUAUGGUAAAAUUGUACGAAUCACACCAACCGACGUGUUAAUAUCAGAUCCUGACACCUUGUGGCGUAUUAACUCGGCCCGCUCAUCAUAUACACGUGGCAACUGGUACGGAAGCAUCCGAUUCAAUCCAUAUGGCGACAGCGUAUUCAGCGAGCUGGACACAGCGAAGCACGAUAAACGAAAAGCCAAGCUGACCUUCGGGUUUUCCGGAAAGGGCCUUCUGGACAUCGAGGGCAGUGUAGACCAGCACAUAGCCGUCCUAGUAGACGUGUUGAAGAACAGAAUCAACGAGGGCAACGGACAGGCUAUCGUUGAUAUGGGCCUUUUACUUCAGUAUUUCCAAGUUGACCUCAUCACACUAGCAGGCGAAAAGGAGCAAGACGUUGGCGGAGACAUGCUGGAGGAGUGGCUAAAGCACGACCUUUCGCCUACCGAAGCGGAGUUGGAUCUUUCGGUGCAGGUGCCUGCUGGGACGGAGACAUCCAUCACAACAAUUCGUGGCAUACUGAUGUACCUGAUAACGUCGCCCAGUAUUUACUACAAACUUAAGAAAGAGAUAUCAGAUGGCAUUGAGCACGGUCGUAUUUCAAGGCCAAUCAAGAACGAGGAAGCACGAAAUCUCCCCUACCUGCAGGCGGUUCUCAGUGAAGGGAUGCGUAUGAGUCCUCCACUAACGGCGGGAUUCCCGAAAACGGUGCCGCCCGGAGGGGACGUCAUCUGCGGAAAGAUGCUUCCAGCAGGCACAGAGGUUCACACCAACUACAUCGCACUAAUGAAAGACGAGGAGGUUUUUGGUCGCGACGCUGAGAUGUUCCGCCCAGAGCGGUUUAUUGACUGUGACGAGGCUACCAAAGCAAGGCGCAAGAAGGUAGUGGACCUCAAUUUCGGUCAUGGUCGUUGGCUGUGUCUCGGGAGAGUGUUGGCAUUAAUGGAAUUGAACAAAAUUUUUGUCGAGCUUUUGAGAUCGUUUGAUUUCCAAGUCGUCAACCCUGAGAAUCCUUGGCUCCGAGAGUCCACACUGACCUUCUACAUCAAGGACUUCUUUGUGCAAGUCAGGACUGAUUCGCUUAGCGGAAGAUAG